AUGUUCAAUUUUAGAAAACUACCACUUUUUGACAGGGAUUGUACAAAGGACACAAGAGAAGUAAAAAAUUUUCUGAACAGUCAUGAAGGAAUAUAUUUUUCCUCGUCAAAAAAGUUUAUAAAUUUGUUUGUUGACAAACUACUUUUCAUAGAUCCCGUAAACUUAAAUGUUACUACAAUAAACACAGAUCUUUUUGUUGUUGAUUUUUGUUUUAAUGAUAAAACAAAUAACCUUAUUGUCUUAGGGAAAAGCAAGAAUAUACUAAUAUGUUCCAUUUACAAUAUUAGAGCACAUAAUUUUUCCCAUUUAAAAAAAAUACAGUUAAGUAGAAGCAUUGAAAAUAUAAAGAAAACGUUAAUAUCAAAAUGUCAUAUGUACAUAAUUACAUUAGAAAAUAAGAAGGUAUGUUUUUAUCUUUUAAAUAAUGAUUAUAGUAUAAACAAAAGUGAAUUGGUAGAUAUUGAGGAGGAAUCAUUUGAAAAUAUGUAUUUAUGUAAAAACAAUAUUUUUAUACUAUUGAAAAAGAGUUCUGUAAAUAUAUACAAACUGAUAGUAAAAGAUUCUACUAUUAGUUAUACAUUUAUAGAAGCUAUUGAUUUAAAUAUUUAUACUAUUAUCAGUAGUAAUAGUAGUAGCUGCAGUAAUAACAACACGCAUUCACAAAGUGAGCCCAUAUUAUCAAUAUACAAUGAAGAUAUUGACGUUUUAUAUAUAUGCCAUAACAUUUUAAAAGUUAUAUUUGUCCUAGAUUUAAGGAACAAACAUUUGGAAUAUAUUUUUCAUGAAAAUAGAGUAAUUAAUUUGUUUGCGGUAAAAUAUUAUUUGAUCAUACUUACAGAGGCCAACAGAAAAUUUUAUGUGAGUAUAUAUAUUAUUUAUGAAGAUUUGAAACUAGCAGUUUUUAAUGUGGCACUAAAUUAUUUAGUAACAAAUAUCGUAUUUUUUAACAAUUUACUUUUCUUAAUUGUUGAUGAACACAUAAAGAAGCCAGAGAUAAAAGUAGACAAGUUUUACUUUUAUGAACAACUAAAGAAAAAAUGGAACGCAAGGGCAGAUAGAGAAAAUUCAAGGGGUAGAAGAAGUGACAGUGAAAAUGACAUCACAAAUGGUAGCAGAUAUGACAGUAGAAAUAGAAGCAGCAAUAGAAGCAGCAAUAGAAGCAGAAGUAACAGCAUAAGCAAUAUAUUUAAAGAAACUGAAAAGUCCAAUCCACAAAAUAUAGACAUAUUAAAAAUGUACAAUGAUAAUAUUAACAAUAAUAAUGGCAAUUUAAUUUUAGGGAAUGCGAAAUAUGAUAUAUACCUGAAUAAGAAGGUAGAGGAAAGAAAAGAUGAAAAUGACAGUGUACAAGAUGAUAAACAGUUCUAUUCGGAUAAACAAUUUAAGUUAAAUAAAAUUUUUAAAAAUUGUAGAAAUAAAAUUAAAAUAGUAAUAAAAGAGAAAAAUAUAAACGAAAUUAUAAACAUGUUUAAAAAGAAAAAAUUAUUUCUUUGGUUAAUAAAAUAUUCUGAUCUUAAUAAGAAUUAUCAUAGUAUUAAUUUUGGCUAUGUGCAUAAAAUAUAUGCUGAUUUUUUAUUCGAAAAAGAGCUGUAUGAAAAAGCUAUGCAACAUUAUAUAAAAACCAUUGGGUUUUUAGAAACUGUUACUGUUAUUCAUAAAUACUUAAACUUAGAUUUAUAUGAACAGCUAUCAAUAUAUUUAGAAAAAUUACAUGAAUCUCAUCUUUUUAAUGAUGAACACACCAUGAUGUUGUUAUCUUGUUAUAAAAAAGAAUGUAAAAAAAGGAAAAUUAUAUCAUUUAUAAAGAACAAUAAAAACAAAAUAAAUUUAAAUAAAACAUACAAAUUUUUAUUAAAUGUAGGAUAUUAUAAUGUAGUUCUAAAUUUUUCCAAAAAAUAUAAAGAUCAUUUAACCUAUAUUUCUAUCUUGAUUGAUAAAUUUGAAAAUUAUGAGAAAAGUCUAAAAUAUAUAUUUAAGUUGGAUGUAGAAAACAUUUGCAUUUUACUCUUUAGAUAUGGCUAUAAAUUUAUUAAAUACUUUCCAGAAUUAACUAUUUAUUUGUUAAAAAAAAUAAUUAAAAAAUAUAAUUUAAAUCUGACUAUUUUUAUUCCCUUGUUUUUAGAUAAUAUAGAUUUUCUAUUCAUUUUUAUACUUAAAUUUCUUCAUAAAAAAAAAGUUGAACAGGAAGGAGAAAUAGACGAGAAUAAAACAACACAACGUUCAAUUAACAAUAACACAGAAAAAAACAGAUCAUUACAGAAUGGAAAAAAAAAAUACAAUGAGGAGAACCAGUACAUAAAUGAAAGUGCUCAUUGUGGUGAGACUACUACAACUAGCAUAAUAAAAGACAAACAUAUCGAAUUCGACAUAUUUAAUGGGGAAUAUGAUUAUAUUUUAUUUGUUACAGUGAUGCAAAUACUAUUGCAAAAAUAUAAAAAAAAGGAAAAGAAUCAUAUAUUAUCCUUUAAUAUUGAUAAGUUGAUAAAAAAUAAUGAUAAAAAUAUAACUUUUUUAUCUGUUAUAUUAUUAUCUAUAUAUAAUUAUAAUAAGGGACUUUUGUAUUUAUCUAAUAAAAUGAACAAGUACGAUAUGUCAUUUCUUUUUUCAGCGUAUAAAAUUAUUAAAAGGUUUAAAAUAGAGUACAGUCAACAAGUAUUAGUAUUACAAAAUGUAAAAGAGAAUAACAAAAAUAAUCAGCUUGGACAACUUAACAACAGCAUAUUUCAAAUAUUAAAGAAAAAUUUUGAGAGGAAUUUAUUCAAUUCAUGUAUGAAUCUUUUAAAAUUAAAGGAUUCUUUGUUCCAUAAUUAUAUUUUUUAUUAUCUGUCUUUAUUAAAUGAUGACGAAUUUCUUAUUAAAUUUAUAAAAAUGAUAAAAAAAAAGUCUUCUCUUUCGCUCUUAAAUUUGAUAUCAAUUUUACAAAAAUAUAAUAAAAGUUAUAGAUGUAUAAAAAAAAUACUGAUUACAUAUCUCAAUAAAAUGGAUCAAAAUAUAAAUAAAAAAUAUGCACAAAUAUUAAGAAAUAAAAGAGAAUUAUAUAAAAUAAAGAAAAAAAUGUUAACGAAAAAAUAUAAUUUUCAUAUAAUUGAUAAUACUUAUUGCACUAUUUGUAAACAAAUUCUAACCGUUCCAAUAAUUCAUUUCUUGUGUAAUCAUUCUUAUCAUUAUUAUUGUUUAAACGGAAACAAAGUUUGUAUAUUAUGUUGCAAUAAGGAUAAUGAAAAAAAAUUGUUGAAGGAAAAAGCUAAAAAUGCUGUCAAUAAUUUUGAUGAAUUUUUUAAAUAUUUACAAGGUUCUUCUGAUAAAUUUUCAUAUAUUUCGAAUUAUCUGUCCUAUGGUGUUACCCCAAACAAAUAA